CCCUUCCCCCCCCCCCCCCCCCCCCCCCCCCCCCCUCCCCCACCGCUCCAUCCCCCCAGAGAUAAUGGCCACUGUUAUCACCAUCCAGCCAUCCACGGCUGGUCCGGCUCCGGUAACUUCUUUUCAGCAAAGCCACUCUUCCCUAAGUUCUGACAUCCAUCUUUCCCGGCACCUUGCCCAGCAAAUGGGCUCGACUUCCACCUCCCCUUCAGCAGACUCCAUCAUUAGUACCAGUACUCUUCUCUCUCGCGGUCCCGGUCGGGAUGGUACAAGCUGUGACGCUUGUCUCCGCAGGAAGAGUAGGUGUGCCAUGAAUGAAAUGGUCAAUAAGUGUUACUCGUGCGACUUUCAUCGCCAGGAGUGUACCUUCACUCUUUCGGCUGGUGUAACCACCACCACCAGUACCUCUUCCACCCCUACCUCCACCGCCGACCUGCAGUCCAGAAAGCGAAAAUUGGACGAUGCCCUGUCCGAAGACACGGACUCCAUCAAAAGGCAAUCAAUAGUGGCACCAACAGGAUCCAAGCUGGAUAUCUCACUCUCACGUGCACAAUCUCAGUCCAUGCUAUCCGGAUAUAUGUGCCAGUUGACGCAGCAUAUCGGGUUGACCACUGAUCUCGAGCCCACACUGCUGGAUUUUCUUCCCCUAGACCAGAACGACGAGGCUGUUGUGGCCACUGCAAAAGUACGCAAGUAUUCAGACGACGGCACCUUCAUGCGAAUGAUGCCGCCCGCGCCAAUGGCCGUUCCAUCUGUCUCCUCUCUGGAUGCUGUUGAAAGCUUAGUGGCCCCUUAUGGCUCUACUCUGGUUGAAAAAUACUUUACCCAUGUCCACCCAACCUUCCCCAUCCUGGUGGAAGAUGCCUUCCGGCAGUCAUACCGUGCCCGCAAGGGAAUCACCCCUCUACUCCUGUCCUCCGUCUACGUGCUGGCAUUGAAGUUCUUGGACGUGGGGUCCGGUACCCAAACCGUCCGACGACCAGACGUCGGCCGCCUGGAAAGCACCGCCUUGAAACUUCUGACUGAAUCGUUGCCCCAUUCAAACAUGUCCACCAUCCAGGCGGGCCUGCUGUUGAUGCAGAAUUCUUCUUUGAACACGGCUGCGCUGAACGCUCAGCUGGUCAGCGCCGGAUUCGAACUCGGACUGCACCAGGACUGUUCCAAUUGGCGAAUGGAAACCUGGGAGAAGGGUCUCCGGAAACGCCUGGCGUGGGCGUUAUAUAUGCAAGACAAGUGGUGCUCGCUGGUUCAUGGCCGGCCGUCGCAUAUUUUUGCGUCCAACUGGACCGUGAAGGAUCUCGUCGAACAGGAUUUUUUGGAUUCGGCGCAAUCCGACUCGCAUCAAGACGACUCGCCUGUUGGCCACGGCCCUCUUCUCUUCUGUCACAUGGUAGCCCUGACCACCAUUCUCUCCGACAUCCUUGACCGAUUCUAUACGUUGCAGGCGAUUGAGGAUUUCCGAGCCGCGGGCAACAACUGCAUCCGCAUGAUCCUCGAUAAAGCCAAGCCAGCCCAGAUCCGGUUAAAGGAGUGGUUCGCCAUGCUCCCCGCGGAGCUAAAGAUGGAACCGAGCUGUGAGCUGUUGGACACGACCACGGAGGAGAACUGGGGCAACGGCGCGCUGCACCUGGCUUAUUUUGCCACGGAGAUCACCCUGCACCGGUGCAUUGUGCGUUCGCUCAACGCCGACACGGCCGACUCGUACCUCUCACACAUCUGCCGCUCCGCCGCCAAGACACGGCUGAUCUCGGCAAUGGACUUCAUCAACCGACUGCGGCCGGCGCACCUGCGGUCCUUCUGGCCUGCUGCCUCGCGCACCAACUUCGCGCUGAUCGGCUCCUUUGGCAUCCUGCUGCGCAUCACCGCCCCGACCAAGGAGGAAGCCGAGUUCUAUCGCCUGCGACUAUGUGAGUACCGGUGGACCCUGAGCGUCAGCUGCAAGAACGCCGAGUUCCUCGCCUUUGCCCUCGAAAGCCUCGACAACGCAACCACCCUGGGCAAGCACGUCCCCGAGAAACCCGGCAUCGACGAGCUCAUGGCCAACUCCGCCAAAUCGGCGACUCACCGUCUCUCCCGUGUGCCCAAUUCGUCCAUCCUUCUGGGCAGCGCUUCCACCAUGGACGCUGAGCCUAUGAUGGACAGCGCGCGGGGGGGCACCUCGUCGGUCAUCUCGGGGCUGGCAUCUCCAGCGACAUCAGCCAGCAGUGAGGAACUUGAGGAUUCAAUUCCUCCCCUCUAAAAUAAAGACAAACCCAGUCACCUGAACAACCUCCUCCACUUCUUUUCUCCUUUCACACCGGAUGUGUCGUGACGCCUUUUACCUUUCGGUUUCUUAUUAUUAUUUUUUUCUUCUUUUUUCACAAGGACAUGUGUCUUUGGCGCUGUUCUUGUUUUGAGAUGACUGAUUGCUGUAUAUACCAUCAAGCGGGU